UCAAAUAUGUUUAAUACGCCAUUUUGAAAGUAUCGUACAAUCUUAUUUCUUACGAAUUCCUAUUGCCUUCUUUUUGCUAAUAUUUAGCUUUUCUUUACCAUGGGAAAAGAUAAAAAAACAGAAACUGAUGCAUCAAGUGAAGAAGAAUAUGUAGUUGAAAAGGUGUUAAACAAGAAGAUCGUUAAGGGCAAGACCCAGUAUCUUUUGAAAUGGAAGGGUUACAAAGAAGAAGAAAGCACUUGGGAGCCAGUAGAAAAUUUAGACUGUGAAGAGCUGAUUAAAGCUUUCGAAGAUAGUCGAAAGGAGAAAGAGGGUCAAAAAACAAAAAAAACAGAAGAGCGAAGCAGGAAGCGACCACAUGAGUCAAGUGAAGAACCAAGUAGUAAAGCGCGAGGAACCAGCGUAUCUUCAGUGGAAGAGACCAAAGAGACAAAAAAAGAUCGUGUUAAGGGACGAAGAACUAGUUUAUCCUCAGUGGAAGACUCUAAAGAAGCAAAAAAAGAAAAGAAAGAAGAGAAAACCAAGUCAGGAUUUGACAGAGGACUCAAAGCAGAAAAAAUAAUAGGUGCAUCUGAUGCAACUGGUGAACUGAUGUUCCUGGUGAAAUGGGCUGAUUCUGAUGAGGCUGAACUAGUUCCUGCUAAGGUUGCCAACACCAAGUGUCCACAGCAGGUUAUUGCAUUUUAUGAGGAGCGAUUGACUUGGCAUAAUCCAUCUGAGUCCGAAUGACUGACGGCUUGUGCCUGCUAGGCUCUUAAAACUUUGACCACACAGUGAAGUGACUUAGUGUUAAUGUGAAGUGAUAGUGCUCAUUGUGUAUUAGUCAUAAGAGUCUCUUGUCCAAAGUGACUAUCAUUAUAGAUCUUUAUUCAGCUA